AAAUAAUUUGAGCGUAUAUGGUAGAGAGAACCCGACAGUUUAAGGUUGAAGUAAAGAAACAACGUAACCUCUCUGGAACUACAGGAGUAGACUCUAACAUCCUACCAACCAAGUCGCACCACACCCAGUUUACUAAAAACGCUACUAGCGUCCUCCACACUAUCAAACAGCUAGAUGAGCUAGUGGAAGAAACACGUGAGAAAUACAUAGGAUCUCCCUGCAGCAAUGAGUUCUCUAGUCUCUCCGAUCGACAGAGGUUGGAUAUAGACAUGUCAGCUAACAUGUUUAUGGUUCAAUGUAAGGACGCUAUCUCUUCUCUUUCUAAAAGAGUCUCCGAUACCAACGGGCAACUGAAGACACACCAAGAAGGAGUGAUAUUCGUGCUGACCCACUGUCUGAAGCUGACGUGUGACAAGUACUCUAAAACUAAAGCUAUCCACGUGAAGCAGACGUUGGAACAGCACAGACUUGCUAAACUCAGCUCACAUCGCAACACUAUUGACAAGAUACGGAAUAUGGAGCAGGUUGAACAGUACGUGAAGCCAGAAGAGGAGUUCAUCACUGACGAGGAUCUGGGUCUGAGUUCAGAGGAAGUGCAGAUGUUGGAGAUGGAGAAUGAGAGCAUGUACAGUGAGCUCACCGCUCUUAGUUCAGAGGUACAAAAUAUCGAGGGAACAGUGAUGGAAAUAUCCCGGUUACAAGAGAUAUUCACAGAGAAGGUACUAACACAGACAGACCAGAUAUUUGAACUUCAUAGGACUGCCGUGGAAACAACAGAGAACACAAGAUCGGGUAAUGAAGAGUUGAGAGAAGCUAUAAAGAAUUCCGCUGGUUUUAGAGUCUGGCUACUCUUCUUCUUCGUCAUGGCCAGCUGCUGUCUUCUCUUCUUGGAUUGGUAUAAUUGAGUUGUUCAAUAGGGUUUUAAAAUUUCUGUUUUUCUAGUGAAAUAAUGGGGUAUUUUAAAUUAUUUGCCGUGUUGUGCCUUUAGGUAUUUAUAAAUUUAAAAAAUAAAAUACGUUGUUCCAGUCUUAGUCUUAUGUGUGUAAUUUAGUUUUUGAUCUAAUAAAGUAUGUGCUCUCAUCACUUUGACUAUCUAGAGAUUUUGCAGUUCUUUGUACAGAUAUUGACGGUUUGGUUUAAUUCAAUUUCAGUCUGAAUAGUGAAUAUUUUACAA